GGGCGUGUACAUCGUCAACAACAAUCGUAAACAAAACGCAGAGAAAUAGAGCACGAAGGCACUUUUUCAGUUGAUUAAGGUGCUUCUUGAGAACAGUUCUGCAUUCACAGCUUCAAAUUCCAAGCAAAAAUUUGCCAACAGGAAUAAGAGAGAAGGAAAACCGAUACAUUCGAUUUAAAUAGAAAGAAAAGGCUUUUGCAUCGCACACUUAUGGACAGAAUGGUGUUUCCUCAGUCUAUAAAUAAGAAGACUGUGACUCUUAUGCCACCUUCAGAUCAGAAUUUGGGAGACCUGAAAUAUAGAGAUUCGGCCAAAGAAUCGACCACUAAAAAGAAGGAGCAGCUUGAAGUUUCCUUGCAAUACAAGAAGGAGUGUUUCAAGCGAUCCAAGCAAAUUGUGGAACAGCUCUUGGAGAGAGAAAUAUCUGAGCAAAUUUUGCUACAAAGUGUUUCUUAUAUUUCACAAUCAGACUAUGAGGAUGUCAUUGUGGAACGAGCUAUUAUCAAAAUUUGUGGAUACCCUAUUUGUAGCAGUGAUUUACCUCCAGCGCCUAAGAAGCAGUGCCACAUCUCUACAGCUACAAACAAAGUUUACGACUUAACUGACAGAAAAAACUUCUGCAGUAACUGGUGCUACAAAGCAUCGAGCUACUUAAAGGAUCAAAUUUCAACAUGUCCAGUUUGGUUCCGCGAAGUCCAAAAUGAUUACCACCUACUUACCCGUGUUGGGAAUUCUGGCAAGGCUGGUGAAGAAAUAGCAAUGGAAGUUGACAAAUUAAAAUUGAGUGAUAAAAAAGUCGGAGAACAUACACGCAGCACCAUCAGCUCGUUUGCAUUUACCUCGCUGGAGCAGUACCAGGACGACGGAAUUUUCGACUACAACUUGCUGGAGAUUAAAGAGGCAAACAUUGAAGAUCAGAAUAAGUCGAUGGAAGUGAUAGUUGAGCCUGAAAGGAAGAAAGAGCUGGUUGUGCCAAAGUCGACGACUACAACAUGCUGGGCAAACGGAGGCACUCCCGAUUUGUCACUUUACGAAAUUCCUCGCGCACCAAAGCAGCCAAAAACACAAGAAGUGAUUGAAAAGCCAAGUGAAGAGCCUGCACUGGCAGAGGAAAAGGUGGAGCAAUUGGAAGUGAUAAGAAAAGUGGCACAUCGAAGUGAGAAAUUGCCCACAAAUGUCAAACCAGAAUCUGUAAAGUUUGAUGCAGCAAAAGUGGUGGCCUUCGUCACAGACUGGUUCUCUCUUGAUACACUUCGGUUCAUCAUUGGUCCUGAAAAAAUGCUCAUUCAGCUCAGAGAGAAAAUAGAUGUACUUGCUUUGCAAAGCAGUAGGCCCGAGUGGAUACCGACAGUGGAAAAUGAGCUAAUUCAUCUUUGCAAGGAGAUGGAUCAAGCUGCUGGAGAUACAAACCAAACAGAAAUGCAUUCAACUCUUCAGAUGAAGGUGGAAGGUUUUUUCAAAGGAAAAACAAGUCACACGGUCGGAGGAGAAGCUUCAAAAGUUGGUGCAAUUCUUCCCACCAUAGACCGAUACGAGCAGAGACGAACAAGACAGAAAAUUAUCCUAGCUCGUUUAGAGAAAGUAGUUCCCGAGGUCGCUGAUAUAUUGAAAUUAAACCUUCCGGACUUGGGGCUGAAGUUGCAAAAAUUAACUGAUACAUUUGAAUUGUCACCAAAGAACAUCAUGAUGAAGCCUCAAGAGUGGAAUCUCAUGGGCUUAAUUUUGUUACAAUUGUUGCUCUCAAGUUAUUCCGAGCCUCAGAGAUUUGUUGCCAAAAAGAGUUCGAAAAUUCUUAAAGCAAUGCUCAUCACCUUGAACCUGGAGGCGGACUUCCUGGACAACCUCAUUAUUAAAUUGUGUGAUAUUGAAAGAAUUGUCUCUAAAUCAGCAGACGUAUUGUAAUAGAGGUGCACAGUAUAUACUUUUAUAAUAAGGACCAUCUUCGUCUCUUCGCGGCAGGAAUGAGGAAAUUAAACAAGUAUGAAAAUUAAUUUUUAAUUUUUUUAUGAAAUAUUGAAAGCAAUAUAAAUACAAAAAUUUAAGAAAAACAUUAUUCGCAGGCUUUGAAAUUCAUAAAAGAAAGUAGA